GUCAGCAGGACAGCCGAGGGCGGGGGGAGAGACUCUCUAUAAAUCACACUGACCAGCAUCUACUCUCUAACUACAGUAACAGCUCGUCAUGCUGCAGGUGUUCGCUUGAUUCAGUCUGUGUUUGAGUCUUCUUUCAUCGGCUGGAGUGUUUAUCUCUGACACCAUGAGCAGCGGCACUCCUUACAUCGGCAGUAAGAUCAGUCUGAUCUCUAAAGCGCAAAUUCGUUAUGAGGGAAUAUUAUACACUAUCGACACUGAUAACUCGACCGUGGCCCUGGCGAAAGUGAGGUCUUUCGGCACCGAGGGGCGACCGACGGACCGGCCCGUGCCCCCGAGGGACGAGGUGUUCGAGUACAUCAUCUUCAGGGGAAGUGACAUCAAGGACAUCACGGUGUGUGAGCCUCUGAAGAUCCACCACAGUCUUCCUCAGGACCCUGCUAUCGUUCAGUCGUCAGUCGGAACGUCGUCCGCUCACUACGGGUCGCAGGGUGGAUACAGUCCCUACCGAAACAUGCUACCCUCCUACAGCCAGCUGGCGGCCAGCUCCCUCCUCAACCAGCAGUACGCAGCGGCCCUGGGCCUCGGUUUGCAUGGCGUCCCGGUGCGGAGGGGUCCUAUGGUGGAGCAGGCGGUUCAGACUGUGCCAGCAGAGAAAGCCCCACUGAAGGGUUUGAGCGGAGCAGGAGAGACGGGCAGAGCACAGAGGGGCGGUCGAGGAGCGCAGAGAGCCUUCAGCAGUGAUUCAGCUGCACAGCAAGGCGUCUUGAAGGGACCGAGUCAAGCUAAUGACGAGAACAAGCCUCCAACCAGUAGGAGGAAACCAGGAACUCGAAGGUCCAGGAACCGCGGUCGAGGUCAAAUCCUUGUAGGGAACACAAAGCCCAGCACCCUGCAGUUUGAAUCGGACUUUGAUUUUGAAACGGCAAAUGCUCAGUUCAAUAAAGAUGACGUGGAGAAAGAGAUUGAAGACCAGCUCAGUGUUGAAGAGCCAAAAGUGACCCCGGAGGAAAGUGAUAAAGAGCGGGAAAAGCCUGAGAACGCAGUUAAAGAGGAUCUGCUCGGGCCAAAGUGCUUCUACAAUAAAGCAAAGUGCUUCUUUGACAACAUCUCCUCCGAGCUCAAGUCGAGACGCACCACAUGGGCUGAGGAAAGGAAGCUGAACGUGGAGACCUUUGGGGUGCCGGGCCGGUAUCUGAGAGGCCGUGGGUUUCGGGGGAGUUACCGAGGGCGUCGGGGCCGAGGGGCGGUGCAGCGUCCCCUUCCACAGAGAGUAGGCAGCGGACGACUGUGACCCAAAAUGCGUUUUGCCUUCCUCUGGGUGACUUGGUCUUGUCUACGAGUUUGAUUUCCAGUGGCCAAAAUC